UUUUGGAGACCUGAAUUUAAUUUUAAAAGCACACAUUCUGUGUGCCAGGUAUUUCAUAACACUUUCUGUUGAGCUGCAGAAAUGUCUAGAGCAGCUAGAAAUACUUUUUCUCCCAAGAACAGGAUUUCAUGGAAUUUAACCACCCAGCCUUAACCCUGUAGAGAUGCAGUAGUUCAGAUACGGACUGCUCCAGUUCCAGCUGGAGCAGAACAAGUAGACGCCCAUAACAUCUUCAUCCCUCAGUUCUGAACUCAGCCUGAAAACUGAGUGUUUUCAGAAAAGAAGAACCAUACCCUUAAUUCUUGUAAUAAUGUUUUGCAAUAGAUCACACAGGAAGUGCUGUUUCCUAUUCUCAGAUAUAGGGUUUAACUAUGUGCUUGUUCACAAAGAAGAAGACACCAUCAGACAAAACAAGCUUGAUAGAUCAGACUGUACGCCGUCUUCAUUCCAGACCGACCUAAGACCAGCACACUUCCAUGACCUACGCCUGACCCAGACCCUGUAAAGGACACAGCGUUUGCCAUUUUAACCCAGACCAACGCUGCCGACUUGCUGCUCUGCAACACCCAGGACAGCAGGUCCACCAGACCAACACACCAUGGAAAACCAUACCACAGACUUAGGCGACUUGCCACUGACAACAGAAUUUGACUACAGCGAUUCAGCUCCAUGCAUGGGAACUGAGGAAAAGCACUUUGCAGCAAAACUUUUGCCACCGCUUUAUUCUUUGGUGGUGAUAUUUGGCCUCACAGGCAACAUGCUCGUUGUCCUCAUCCUGGUAAAAUACAAGAGAUUGAAGAGUAUGACUGACAUCUACCUGCUCAAUUUGGCAAUAUCUGAUUUGCUGUUUGUAUUUUCUCUCCCUUUUUGGGCUUAUUACGCUGUUCAUGACUGGAUUUUUGGGGAGGCGCUGUGUAGAAUUCUCUCAGGUGUCUACCUCCUUGGCUUCUACAGCGGCGUCUUUUUCAUAAUCCUGUUGACUCUGGACAGGUAUCUGGCCAUAGUGCAUGCAGUGUUUGCUUUAAAAGCUAGGACAGUUACCUACGGCAUCCUCACCAGUGCUGUCACUUGGGCUGUUGCUAUUUUUGCUUCUGUUCCUGGGAUAAUAUUUCACAAAACUCAAAAGGAAAAUUCACGUUAUACUUGCAGUGCUCAUUAUCCAAGCGAUGCCACAAUAAAUUGGAAGUACUCCUAUACUUUAAAGAUGAACAUCCUGGGACUUAUUGUUCCAAUGCUCAUUAUGAUUUUCAGUUACUCACAAAUUCUAAAAACAUUGUUGAGAUGUAGGAAUGAGAAAAAACAGAAGGCAGUCAGACUUAUUUUUGUGAUCAUGAUUUUUUACUUCAUCUUCUGGACACCAUUCCAUAUUUCUUCUUUUUUGUAUACAUUUCAAAGUUCACUUUUCAUCCCAAAUUGUGAAAUCAAAGGUCAACUGGAGAAAGCAAUCCAAGUGACAGAAACAAUAUCAAUGAUCCACUGUUGUAUCAAUCCUGUGAUCUAUGCAUUUGUUGGAGAAAAAUUUAGGAAAUAUCUUUAUGCUUUUUUCCGAAAGCAUGUUGCAGCCCACCUCUGCAAAAAAUGUCCAACUCUUUAUCGUGAAAAGUUAGAAAGAGCUAGUUCCACAUGCACACCAUCCACUGCAGAGCAUGACAUCUCUACUGGACUGUAAAAAUACAUCAAAACAUUAGUAAAUGUUGCAUCACUCGCUUUGCCUUAAGGACUGCCUGAUGUUAUUUGAGAUCUUUAUGUCAACCACUACCGAAAGCUGUAUGACCUUCAGUUCUUGUGGUUAACUGUUCCCUGGGGUUACAGCAUUUUCCAUUCUUUAACAGAACCAGUCAGUUUUCUAGGAAACAUUAACAUCAUAGCUGGAUCACAUCAAGAUUUGAAUGGAGCCCAGAAUAGUAUGAUUCUGUUUCUUUACCCAAAUUCUAUCCAAUGAAGAAAUGCUCGUGAGACUUACCCGGGGGGGAAUACAAUAUUGAAGAGACCAAGGAGUAAUAUUUCAUCUCACAAGAGCCAUUUACUGUUAUGUGCACGUUGUAAGAUAAACACUGGGAGGAAGCUUUGAGGAUUGAUGUACUUGUUUAGUAUUCAACAUUAAUGGAGCACCUUUUGGAAGUGACUGUAUUCUUUCUGCAACACGGUCAGGCAUUUGAUGGGGGAGGCUUUUAGUUUUCUUCAUUUCCUCCCCCUAUUCUUUCUUUUCGCUACAUGAAUAAAAGAUGUUUCCAUAAAAAAGAAUUUGAGGAUGAAUAUGAGAUAUAUCAAGAUAAUAUUUCUCCUCUGAUGGGAGAGUUGACUGAUCUUUAUCUUACUGGGGCCAUUUAACCCAAGGAUUUAUCUGUUAGCUAAUAGUGUAGUCAUUUUUAAACAUUAUCCUUUUGACUAUAGACUAAGUUAUAGUAUUUUGAUUUUAGUUCUUUAAUUUUAUGCCUGUCAUAAAAUUCAGUUUCUGAAUUUUCUGUUCAGUUGCUAACAUUUUCCAAAGUGGGCUUUUAAUCAGCACUAUUGUGAUUUUUGUGGGUGCAAUUUUGCAAGUAACUGCGCACAACAAGUCUACUGACUGCACAGCAAGACAGCAAGGCACCCUCAAAAAACAUGAGCUUGUUUCUGGCAAAUCAUAUCCCUCCAAGGAAAACAGCACUUAACCAAUAAAACACAUCAGCAAAGAUCUGCAAGGCCAGAAUGAAAAUUACCUUGGUAUUUGCUACGCAAGAUUCUGUAUGAAAAAAUAUCAGCACCCUCUGAAGGAUUUUGGAGACCGUGACCGCAGUACUGAGCGGAGGCCUUGCUAGCUCUGGACAGGUAAAUCAUAUGUGUAGAGGAAGACUUUACCUGGCAGAUGCAGUAAGUGUGUCAGGCUAGGCUCCUACAUGCCAUGCUCCUACAUGCUCUUCACGUACACAGUCUGAUGUUUGGGAUACACUUCUAGGCAGACAGUAGCCUUGGAACUGCAAAAGCAGCCAAUUGCAGAGGAGACAUACCUGCUCUGCCUUCCCAGGAGAAGAGUGCCCAUAGCCAACUGGUGCCUCAAUUAGAAGUGCAUGCUAAUUGAAGACUUGAGACCAUUAGUCUACUGGUAUCUUAUGGCCAUAUACUUAUGCCAUUAUUAGGAGUUUCCCUGUAAAAGGAAGUGGUAUUCUAGGGACAUGAUGUUAGCAAAGAGGAGGAGGGAGGGGCAUAGUGGAGAACUUCUUGCUUCAAACUGUAAGGAAGUGCAGGUGAGCACUCCUUAUGCAAAUGAACUUUUUUUCUGAUUUACUUCAAAGGGCACCGCUCAUGCAUGUAAGGCCUUGCUCAUGGAAAUCUGGAGGGGCAGGUUCAACUAACCUCCAGGCAACGUAAGGACACAAGAGGGGAUUCUGCAGUACUUAACAUUAGGCACAUGAUUCAGAUGCCUAAAUUAACAGCAAAUCUCUUCAAGGUCCUUCAGUGGUCAAUACAGAAUAAGAUAUGCCUGAGUCAGAAGCAGACAUAUGAUUUAAAUGGCCUCUGGGGAAGAUUACCUGUCCAGCUGUAGAAGGAACCUGGAAAUGCCAGCCUCUUAAUUUAGGUAUCAGAUGCCUUAAUCUAGGUGGUGCAAAUACUCUUCCCCCUCUAGCCUUGUAACAUCAAGGCACUGCUUCCAUUAGUUGUUAGCUUUUAUCCUAUCAGCUAUUAUAAUCUGGCCAUUACCUUGUGAGGUUAAUAGCCACAGAUAGACUAAAGAAAAGACCAAAAACUAUCCUCACAGUAAACCUUCUUGCUUGGAAAUAGUAUUUUUCCUUUGUUUUGUACUUUUUUACUGCACUGAAGUGAAAGCACCUUUUUAGUAUUAAAGCAUAAAUUAGUUCAGUGUGAUACAAAACCUGCUGCAACUGCAUUAUUUCUACCACUGUGUUUUAUUUUAAAUUCUUGUCUUGUUGGAAUUACGUUUCUUCCUAUUUUCAUGUUUUCAAUGCAGUGAAAUUAAUAAAAUCUGUGUCUGAAAAACAAUGUA